AACUUUCACCCUCACAGCGGAGGUUCCUUGGAGGAGAGAAGGAAAGAAAAAAGGAUCUGACGAAGUCUUUGGAGUAUGACCAGACUCACAUUUGCGGUUUUCCUGUUGGCACUGGGCUUUCUUCUCUGCGAAAGUGGUAACCCAUGUUGCUCAGAGCCAUGCCAGAACAGGGGGGUUUGCACAGCCCUCGGGUCCGAUAACUAUGAGUGCGACUGCACACGGACAGGCUUUCAUGGACAGAACUGCACAACACCUGAAUUCUUCACCUGGCUCAAAGUGUCCCUGAAACCGUCGCCCAACACCGUUCACUACCUUCUCACUCACUUUAAGGGCUUCUGGAACAUCAUCAACAACAUCUCAUUUCUCAGAGAUGCCAUCAUGAAAUAUGUGCUGACGUCCCGAUCCCACCUGAUUGAUAGCCCUCCAACUUUCAAUGCGGAUUAUGGUUACAAAAGCUGGGAAGCCUACUCCAACCUGUCCUACUAUACGCGCACCCUCCCCCCAGUGCCAGAGGAUUGCCCAACCCCAAUGGGAGUAGUAGGCAAGAAGGAGCUCCCCGAUAUCAAGGUUUUGGCUGAGAAGCUCCUAAUGAGGAGACAGUUUAUACCAGACCCGCAGGGCACCAGCCUGAUGUUUGCAUUCUUCGCCCAACACUUCACACAUCAGUUCUUCAAGUCUGACAUGAAGAGAGGACCUGCUUUCACCUUGGCUCAAGGUCACGGGGUGGACCUCAACCACGUUUAUGGAGACAACCUGGAGAAGCAACACAAGCUCAGGCUUUUCAAGGACGGCAAGCUGAAAUAUCAGAUCCGGGAUGGAGAAAUGUACCCACCAACAGUAAAGGACGUGGGUGUCGACAUGCACUACCCUCCUCAUGUGCCAGAAUCUCACCGCUUCGCUGUCGGCCACGAGGCCUUCGGCCUGGUCCCCGGUCUGAUGAUGUACGCCACCAUCUGGCUCCGCGAACACAACCGGGUGUGCGACGUGCUGAAGGAGGUCCACCCCGACUGGGACGACGAAAGGCUCUUUCAGACCACAAGGCUCAUCCUGAUUGGUGAGACCAUCAAGAUUGUGAUUGAGGACUACGUGCAGCACCUGAGCGGCUAUCACUUCAAGCUCAAGUUUGACCCCGAGCUGCUCUUUAACCAGCGCUUCCAGUACCAGAACCGCAUUGCAUCUGAGUUUAACACCCUGUACCACUGGCACCCUCUGAUGCCUGACAGCUUCCACAUCGAGGAGACCGACUACAGCUACAAACAGUUUGUGUUCAACACCUCUGUAGUGACUGAGCACGGCAUCGGCAACCUGGUGGAGUCGUUCAGCAAGCAGAUUGCAGGACGGGUUGCCGGUGGUAAAAAUGUCCCAGGACCGAUCCUGUAUGUGGCCAUGAAGUCCAUAGAGCACAGCAGACAGAUGCGUUACCAGUCUCUGAACGCCUACAGGAAAAGAUUCUCCAUGAAGCCCUACACCUCUUUUGAAGACCUGACAGGUGAAAAAGAAAUGUCCGCAGUGCUUGAGGAGAUGUACGGCCACAUCGAUGCCGUGGAGCUCUACCCGGGCCUGCUGGUGGAGAAACCCAGGCAGAACGCCAUCUUUGGGGAGACGAUGGUGGAGAUGGGGGCCCCUUUCUCCCUCAAGGGCUUAAUGGGAAAUCCCAUCUGCUCUCCGGAGUACUGGAAGCCCAGCACCUUUGGAGGCAACGUGGGCUUCAACAUCGUCAACACCGCCUCCCUGCAGAAGCUUGUCUGCGAUAACGUGCGGGGGCCCUGUCCCGUGGCGUCCUUUCAUGUGCCCGACGUUAAAGACACGGGGUCCAUGAUCAUCAACUCCAGCUCGUCCCACUCGGGCGGCAGUGACAUCAACCCCACGGUCAUUCUGAAAGAAAGGACUACUGAGCUCUAAUUUUAUCUGAUUAUUAUUGGGAUAUAUAUUUUAUGUAUUUAUUUAUUUAUUUAUUUGUAUUAUUUAUUGCCUUUACUAUUUAUAGCAUAUAAGAAAGCGCAAGAACAGAAUUUUUUAAAAAUAUUAUUACGUGUUAUUUUGUACAAAUUCGUUAUCAAGAACAAAAAUCUGUGUUUAUUUAUUUGAACAAUUCUUUGUAUUGUAAGUUAUUGUUACAGUAAGAACCUCAGUCACUGCAACUUGAUACUUGAAAGUUAGUUUACAGUUAAAUGGUAGCGUAUGUUACACUCCUUAUCGUCUUCUCAAAGUAGCUCCUGCUGCGCAUCCACUUGUGCUCAUGCAACUGAUGAUCUUCAGUGUCCUGCAGACAGCAAAACACAGGACAGUUGUAACAUUUAUAAUGAACUGAAUGACUGAUCUUGACUGUUUAGAUCUGAUUUACUGCACAGCGCAUUCCUUUUUCAGUGUUGUUUUCCUGAUUUCUUUUCUACUUUAGUCUGUAUGUCGCUUCCGGCAAUCUGAAAUGAGAGUAACUGCACAAGCUGCACUGUUGUUUAGAAAUGCAUAGUUACUCGAUUGUACGAGCUUGACGUAGCAAAGGUAUCGCUAGUUAUGCUCUCAGUGACUAUUUGUAUUGCAAUUUGAUAUCAAUAAAUUUUGACAGGAAGUCUUACAUA